AAAGCACCGUACUGGCUGUAACAUCUAAAAAUCCUAUCAGAGCAUGAACAGUGUCAAGUAGGCCUAGAAAUAAUAUUGGAAAAACCUUUAUUUACUUUAAACGUUUCGCUCAUGAAGAAAUCUCGAGGGUCACGGAUCGGCUAACACCGCAGCCUAAGUUGUCAUUUUCUUCAAAUCACGGAUCGUUAUAUUCUAUCAGUAGUUUUGGCAAUUGAAGAAAUAAACCUCGCAGGUAUGAUGCAAUUUUAAGCACUUGCAGAAAAGAAGCGUGGUAAAAAUUCAAACUUCGAUGGGAUUUGAGCUCUUGCCUCCCAGACUCUAUUGGGUGUCACUAACAGCUGAGCUACAAACUCGCACGUCGGGAGCAAGAGAAGUUUACAUCAUUAGUAUUAGGAUUUGGAUUUUUUUUUCAGUCGUUUGCAGUUUUCAAUGCCGCCCAUACCAUAUGUGAAAAUGCGUGCACCACAAGCAACUUGUCUAACUGCUUUAUGCAAAUUUAAGUCGCAAACUUGAAGCCUUAUGGUAACGCUUCUGUGAGCAUGUUCAUUUAUAAUCGUUUAAUCUCGGGAGGAUACGAUCCCCAAUUCAUUUUCUUGACAAGUUGAGAAUUUCUUAGGGAUGAUGCAGGAAAACUCGUUGUCAUUUUUAAUCCUAGAACUUUAUCAUCCAGAGGUAGAUGACAAGUGUAUUGAGAAUGUUUUGAAUGUAUACUUUAUGCAGAUUUACGAGGUGAACUCAGAGCGGAAUUGCCGCGAAUUUUGGGUGUCGUGGAGAUUUUUUUUCAGGUAUAAAGUUCAGAAAAGUUCUUUUCACAGCAGGAGAAAAUUCGCAGCGAAAAUUAGUGAGAUUCACCAAUGUUAUUUACUGCGUGUAAAAACUAUCAAUGAAGAGGUUUACGUGACGUUUAACACGAUGUUGAAGUUGGCUUUGGUUUUCAUGGUGAUCUCCUGUGUUCUAAUGGCAGAGGCUCGUAGAUUACCCAGGCUGCGCCUUCAGGAGACUGAACGUUACCAAAGGCAAUUCUUAAAGAACUAUCUGCAUCGUCGCUCGUGUGUUGCAGUUGGAGGAACGGGCUGUGAGGGCAAUAACGGCAAGUGCUGUCGAAAAGGAAACCCGUACACUGGGACUAUGCGAAGAUGUGUCAAUACAGGCGGUUUUUCACGGCCGUAAGUAAAAGACUCAAACAUUUUCCUAACAAUGAUUUAUCCACUUGUAUCAUGAUCAAUGAUGAAACUCCUUAUUUCCUCGACUAAUGACGGUUGACGUUUUGUAUCCGAGACAUGAAUGUAUCGCUUAUGUUCGUGUGAAAUAUCCUGAAUAUCUGGCAGGGGAAAGUUUUCACCCUUUACGCAACCAACCUUGAAAUAAAACGGUGGUGAAUAGUAGGUCCCAAUAAUCAGCGCGCGUGAAAAGCAUUAUUCGUCUGUGUGGUAUAUACCAAUAAUAAUUAUGAUAGUUAUAAUGGCAGUUAUAAUUAUUAUAAUAUAGAACUAACUAGACA